AUGUCAGCAGCUAUAGAUUACAACAAAGUAAUUUUUGGAAAAGAGGUUAAAAAAAUUAAAAUAGAAGACAAAAGAUACUUGAUCUUACAACACCAUGAAGAAGUCAAAUCAAUAUCAGCCACAACUUCACCUA